GACACUUGGUGGCGUUGUCUACCAGUUACGUCAUGUGCACGUUUAAGAUGGCGCUAACAUAGUGACGUCUGUUUGUACUCGAGGAGCGCUUCUCUUCGCUAUUUUUUUCUCUAAGUUAAACCAGAUUCAUUGGUAGUGCACCAUUACUUUGUAUAUAUGAGUAAACUCACCCGGCAAAAAUACUUAUUCAUUUAGCUGGGAAAUUUUUGUUUCCAAAAUGUCGGAGGAGAGAGACGUGCUUAGUAUCACAGACGAUGAGGAAAACGAUGAAUUUGAAGAUGAAGGCCACUUGCCAGAGAAACACGGCACUCUAAGUAAAUGGACUAACUAUCUUCAUGGUUGGCAGGAUCGGUACGUUGUGCUUAAGGAUGGUACUUUCAGUUAUUUCAAAUCCGCCUCCGAAACAGCUUAUGGAUGUAGGGGCGCUGUCAGUUUAAACAGAGCCUGUGUGACGCCGCAUCCAUUUGAUGAAUGUCGUUUUGACGUCAGCGUCAAUGAUAAUGUAUGGUAUCUUCGUGCCAAAGAUGUUGAAGAAAGGAAAUUGUGGGUUGGUUCUAUAGAAUUACACAAGGAACAUGUGACAAACAGUCCGGAUUUAGCAUCCGGUAUCCAGCCAUAUAUCCAUGCUGAAUCUGGCUAUGGAAGUGAGAAUAGCUUAAAAAGACAUGGUUCUCUGCUCUCUCUAACGUCAGGUACAAGUUUAUCAACAGCAUCAGCCUCCUCUUUCAAGCGUGGUAGAGGUCUUCGAGAAAAAUUGGCUGAAAUGGAAACAUUUCGAGAUAUUCUUUGCCGCCAGGUGGAUACAUUACAGAGUUAUUUUGAUAGCUGUGCUUCUGCAGUGGCUGAAGGAACUGUACAUGAUUUGACUGAACAUGAUGACGACAUCGAUGAUAUCGAUGAUUAUGAUACACCAACAUCGGGUUCAUCACAUCCCUCAAAGAUAGGUGGUCUAAAAGGACGGGAUCUCGCCUUCAACCAACAGCGACUGUUUGCUUCCACGCUGAUAAUGUCUUCCAUUCUGCAGCAACAUGGUGGCCAUGCUCCUGAUUUCAAAGGUGAAGCCUACACAUUUAAGGCAACUACAGCUGGAAUUAUUGCAACUCUUUCUCAUUGUAUAGAAAUAAUGUCCCAGAGGGAAGAUGCUUGGCGUAAACGCAUGGAAAGGGAAGUGGAGAAACGAAAGAAAGUUGAAGAAUCCUACAAAUCUGUUUUACUGGAUCGACAAAAGCCAAUAGUAUUUGGUGGACCAGAUUAUGAAGAAGGGCCACAUUGUGCAAUUAAUGAAGAUGAGUUUUUUGAUGCUGUUGAUGCUGCUCUUGACAAAUUGGAAAAAGAAGAAGAAAGAAAACUUAACCCUGUUGGUAAACCAAUGCCCCCUCCUGCUAUCUCUCUAUCACCUAAUCACAGCUUGUAUAAUGAGAUUAAUCAAGUUACGGGUGAACACUUGAAUUAUUUAGAAGAAAAAAAUGCUGCAGGUGAAGAAGAUAACUGGAUUCUUAUUCAUGAAGAAGGAGAGAUGAAAGUUUUAAAACGAGAACUAGAAGAGGAUGGGCUUGUCAUUGAUCCUCUGAAAGCUGUCCAUACAGUUAAGGGAAUCACUGGUCAUGAGAUUUGUCAUUAUUUCUGGGACUUGAAUGUACGAAUGGAUUGGGAAGGCACUCUUGAAAGCACUCGGUGUAUAGAAUGGUUGUCUGAAGAUACCUUUAUUAGUCACAAUGUCAUAAAACGUGUAUGGCCUGCAUCACAAAGAGAUGCCCUUUUCUGGUCCCAUAUUCGGCAUGUUAUUAGUGAUGAUGAAGAAAAACCAGAUCUCUGGAUAGUUGUCAAUUAUUCCACAGACCAUCCCAGUGUGCCACCUGGUAAAUAUGUUCGUGUAAAAAUGAAUGUGUCAAUGGCCUGUCAAACAUUAAUUGAACCGCCAAAUGAUAGUGAGAUCACUCGGGACAAUAUAACGUGCAAAAUCACAUAUACUGCCAAUGUUAACCCUGGAGGAUGGGCCCCAGCAUCUGUGUUGAGAGCUGUCUACAAACGAGAAUACCCUAAGUUUUUGAAACGCUUUACCUCAUAUGUGAAAGAAGUCACUGCCAACAAACCUAUUCUGCUUUAAUGAUAAAACUCCUGUAAGUGAAGCCUGAGUUGUCUGUCUGUGUAUCUGCCAACUCUCAGAGAUAUGGCACCCUAAGAAAAGGAAACAGCAUCCAUUUAAAUAGUACUGCUGUCUUGUUGGUGAAUCAUCUUUUGUUGUAGGACACUGCUACAACUUCUCUAUCUCCAAGAUAUUACAUUCUUGGUUCAUUUUGCUAGUUCUUGCAAGUUCUAUCUCACCAGCUUUAAACCACAUUGGUUGUUUCACUAAGUCAGUUUCAACAACAUUUAUGUGUGAUAUUCUCUUUUUUCCUCAAUCAUCAGAAAUAAAUUGGCUUUGAAGUUGCA